AGCCCUAGGGUACAAACCGAGCACAAUAUGGACCAAUAACUUAAUACAUGCUUAAAACAUGGCGGUAUAGUACGAAAUCGUCGAUGAUGAUAUUUAUUGGGAUAAUUCAAUUUAAACAACACGGAUCGGCUCUUACAAGUGAUGGUCACGGUUGACUUCAUACUAGGGGAUCAAUUGUUCCUGUCUAACUCGCCGUACGUUCAUGCUCAUUAUCUCACAGUCAUAAAGUAAGUGCGUAAAUGUCCUAUUAAAUCCUGAAUGAUUGCGAGAACUUAACACCACUCCAUGCAAUGAAUUAUGUACUACGAUGCACAGGUCAAAACAUUACAUGUAUUUGUACGCCAAUACAACAUGGAUUGUAAAGAAAUACACCGUAGAAUUUAGUGGUGCUGAAAAGUGUAGUGAUGUUGAUAUUUAAAGAUUCAUUUAUCGAAAAAGUUUUGAGUUGACGAAAUGUGAAACACGGGAUCUUCCAACAGUAUAUCCGAUGGACAACGUUACGGAGCCGGGGGACUUUCCUGAGGGGGUGUCUGGGUACCGCCUCUACCACGGCUAUGUCAGUGUCAUCGUCUGCUCUACAGGGAUAGUGCUCAAUGUUAUUAACGCCGUCAUCUGGUCCAGUAAAAACAUGAGAUCGUCCACAAACCUCAUCUUGACCACGCUGGCUAUCACAGACAUUGUUUCUCUGUCCAUGUACCUUGUUUACGCCGUCUAUUUCUUCCUUGCCACGGGGCCAAGUCAACAGCUGAACCACUCGCAGGAGUGGAUGUACGUGGUGGUCAUAGCCUUCCACGAGUUCAUCGGCUUCCACACCACGUCCAACUGGCUCACCAUUUCACUGGCAAUAUUUCGCUUCAUCAAAGUGUGUCACCCAGACUUGGCUAAAACCUGGUGUAAUAAGGAAAGAGCAAAGCUGACCAUAUUGAUAGUCUUUGUUGUGACUAUACUAGCCACAUUCCCCUUCUAUCCGUACUAUGAAGUGUACAGUAGUUCUGAUGACCACCCUAGCCUCACGGGGUACUGGAUUAGGAAGACCAAGUUUACAAGAAACCAUGUACUCUACCAGACAGUGUUACUGUGGCUGUACGGGGUUGUGUUCAAAGUGUGUCCAUGUAUUGGCAUGGUAGUCUUAAGCACUUUGAUGAUCCGGAAGUUACGUCAUGCACAGAAGAGACAGAGGACGUUUAUCACUGGUCCCGACAGCCAGGUGAACAACCACAGAGGGUACAGUCACACCACCGUCAUGCUCAUCAUCAUCGGCCUCAUUUAUGUCCUCAUGGAACUUCCCAUCGGCAUAUCAGCCUUCACUUCCGGUCUACAGGGUGGUGAAAGCCAUUACUUUUAUUUCAUGUUGUAUUCUGAAGUUGGAGAUAUUUUAGAUUUGUUAACGCUUCUAAACGCUACCGUGAAUUUUGGUGUAUACUAUGCUCUAAGUAACCAGUUUAGAGCUGUUUGCAGGAAAAUAUUUCUCAGAGAAAAAGUAUUAGACGUCCAUUGUGUCUCUGAUACAUUGGAAAUGUCUGAACCAGUCACUUCCUCUGUAAUAUUCACGAUUUCAUUGAAAUGGAAAUCCUUUAAACAAAAGGUUCAUCUAGAUAAUUGAUCGCAAUUGAUGGUGUUCUCGUGUCCAGCAAAUUAAGUGUCAUUUUUAAUGAUCAUAUAUUAAAGUUUGAUUUAAUGACCCCAAUUUGGCAUAGUCAAUUAGGCAUACCCGAAGUAUUGCUUGAAUAUGUUUCAUUGUGACGGCGUGCCAUUUUAAAAGUUUAUUUCCAUGUUCUCCAUUAAUUAAGAAUGAUUUGUCCUUUUAUUCUACGUAUGUAUAUCAUAAUGGGUUGAUUCUUGAUUCACAGAAAUUAACGAAGACAACUAUUAAUCUAUAACCGAAUCUCCAUGAAUUAUAGGAAAAGCAAGUACUUAGUUUUUGCAUUCAGAAAGCUGUAAAUACCUAAUGAGUGACGAUGUUCUUUUGAUAGAAUCCAACGACACAAGUCUUAUAUGUAACAUACACGUUUAUUAAUUUUAUAGAUACAUUAAAUCGCCAAUGUGCCAAGAUUCAAUUUUGACACAUAAACGACGAACUUUGGGCUUGAUCGAUAAAUAACUGGAAUCAAAGUUGUCCAUACACAAAAAGCAUCCUUAUAAUUCUAAAUUAUUUUACGUUGCAUUUUCUCUGAUAAAGCGUUGAAUCCUUUCUAUGUCGAGAGUAGACUUGAGAUUUAUAGAUUUUGUUUUUGAAACAUGAAAAAUUGUGUAUGAGAAGAUUAAAUUCAGAUGAGAUCGUUACCUUUAAUACUAGAAUAUUGAGAUCACUAAGAAAUGCCGCCCAUGAAACAGUGAUGUAUGAAUAACGAUACGAUAUUUAUAAGAAUAAAGAAAAAGGAGAAUUCGAUGUAUGCAUGUCAGUAAGUUAUUUGGAGAGAAGCUGAAAAUAUGCGUAUGUUCAAAUUACAUGAUGUUUAUUUUGUGUCUUCAUCAUAUUUUACAAUCUUUUUGAAUUAAUUGAAAUAUCAAUUAAUGGAAAUUAUUCUGUUGAAAAUUAAACAUUGUACAGCAAUAAAAGAUUAUAAAUAUUGAAUAUUAAUAAAACAUUCGA